UCUCGAUCAGCUCGGUUGUUUUCAAUAUUCUUCAACAUGGGUAAUUAUCACCGAAUAGUACUUGGUAUUAUUAUUUACACAUUUCUACAUGGCUCAUCAUUCACUGAUGCAGAAGGCACAGCCAAAAUUGUUUGCUACUUCAGCAAUUGGGCUGUUUAUAGACCAGGAAUGGGACGUUAUGCCAUCGAAGAUAUACCAGUUGAUUUAUGUACACACAUCGUAUAUUCAUUCAUUGGUGUAGAUGAUAAAGCAUGGAAAGUUUUGGUGAUCGAUCCCGAGCUUGAUGUUGAUCAGAAUGGAUUCAGAAACUUUACGGGUUUAAAAAAAGACCAUCCAAAUGUAAAGUUUAUGAUAGCUGUUGGAGGAUGGGCAGAGGGUGGUGAAAAAUACUCUGCAAUGAUUUCAUUGAAGAGUCGUCGAGAUUCAUUUAUUGCAGCUAUUAUAGAGUUCAUGAAAAUGUAUGACUUUGAUGGAUUUGAUUUAGAUUAUGAAUAUCCAGGUGCAACAGAUCGUGGUGGAAAAUUCUCAGAUAAGGACGUCUGGUUCUAUUUUGUAGAAGAACUUCGUAAAGCUUUUGAUAGAGAAGGACGAGGUUGGGAAAUAACAAUGGCUGUUCCUGUUGCUAAAUUUAGGCUGCAAGAAGGUUAUCAUGUACCAGAAUUAUGUGAACUUCUUGAUGCAAUCCACUGUAUGACAUAUGAUUUGAGAGGUAAUUGGGCUGGAUUUGCAGAUUCCCAUACACCUCUUUAUAAACGUCCACAUGAUCAAUGGGCUUAUGAAAAACUAAAUGUAAAUGAUGGCGUACAGUUAUGGGUUGAUAUGGGAUGUCCACCAAAUAAGCUUGUUAUUGGAAAUGCAUAUUAUGGUCGAAGUUAUACUUUAAGUGCUGGAAAUAAUAACUAUAAUUUGGGUACAUACAUUAACAAAGAAGCUGGUGGUGGCAGUCCUGGUCCAUAUACUAAUGCUACUGGUUUCUUAGCAUACUAUGAGAUUUGUGAGGAAGUUCAAGACCCUGCAAAAGGAUGGACAGUGAAAUGGGAUGAACAUGGUAAGGUACCAUUUGCUUAUAAAGGAACUCAAUGGGUAGGAUAUGAAAAUGAGAAAUCAUUACAAAUUAAAAUGGACUGGAUUAAAGAAAAAGGCUAUGCUGGUGCCAUGACAUGGGCAAUUGAUAUGGAUGAUUUCAACGGAGUAUGUGGAGAAGUAAAUGCCCUUGGAAAGAUUAUGUACAACAAUAUGGUAGACUACGUAGUUCCAAAGCCAACAAUAUCAACAACACCACGACCAGAAUGGGCAAGGCCACCAUCAACUCAAGCAUCUUUUGAUGAUCCUUUACCUGUAACCAAACCGUCUUCAAUGAAGCCAUCCAAAAAACCAACAAGAAAACCGACUACUACAAAUACCAGCACCACAGUUGCAACAACAACAGAAGAAAUUAUAGUUCAAACAGAAAGUACAGUUAAGCCUUCAAGAAAACCAUCAAGAAAACCUUCAAAAACAAAGAAACCUAAAAGAACAACUACCACUACCACGACUACCACCACAACAGAGGAGCCUGAACCCGAGGAACCUGAGCCAGAAAUUCCAGAAGAGAUGCCAGAAAUUCCAGAAGAAGUCCCCGAAGAAGUUGAAUCACCAGUUGAUGAGGUCGAAGUUCAACAGGACACGCUUGAUGAAUCAGGCGCACCAAAUUGUGAGGAUCCUAAGAUAAAUAAAGAGCACAUCUAUCCCAAUCUUAAAGACUGUACAAAGUUCUUCCGAUGCGAUCAUGACAAAUACGUCGAGUUCAACUGUGAAGCUGGAACUGUAUUUAACGAAAAAUCUCAAGUUUGCGACUGGCCCACAAAAAAACAUCGAAAAACUUGCAAACAAGCUUUCUUAAAACUAAAAGAAGGUGAUGAAAUGACAACCGAGACUGAUGAAACCACAAUGAUCUAUACUCAAGACAAAUCAAGUGAUAAAGAUUAUAACGAAGUUGAAGUUUAAAUUUCAACUCUUGUUAAGUUAAGCGCCAUUUCUUUCAUAAUAUUUGAUUGAAAGUAUGCAUUUAUUUUUAUAAUUAAUUGAGAUUAUAUAAAGAGUUCAAUGCUCUGUGCCUUAAUAUUGAAUAAAUUUCUAUGAAACUACACAAUAACAA